AUGAAUAUAGUAGGAAGCCUUGAACACUGUUCCCCCCACCUUCGAUGGGAUUUCUUCCUGUGGCCUCAGUAUAAUGUAGUCAAUUCAGUACAUGUUGCAGUGCUGUCUAGUGAAUGCUUUGUUAAUAAUGAUGAAUAUUUUCUUUCCUUUCAGUUGGUGGGCCUAGCAAUCAUUGUCCUAUCAGUAUGGAUGAUUACGGAUCCAACCUUCUAUGUCCGUAUGGCGCAGGAUGAAUCCAGCUACCACACAGGGAUAUACAUCUUCUUGGCAGUGGGGGUACUCAUGUUUGUUGUGGGCUUUCUUGGUUGCUGUGGAGCAUACAGGGAGUCGCCAUGCAUGCUUGUCUCGUUCUUCUGCUUCCUCCUGAUCAUCGUUGUGGCUGAGAUCGCAGCUGGAGUGUGGGCCUACAGCAACAGGGAUGGGCUCGAGAAGUAUGUGGAAAGCACUGUCAGGUUAACAGUGCAGGAUGAGUACGGGGUUGUGGACACACGCACACAGACAUUUGAUGCUAUUCAGAAAGAGUUGCAUUGCUGUGGUGUCACUGGACCAAGAGACUGGGCUGGGAGCAAGUUCAACACAGAAGGGAAAAGCACGUUGGACGUGAGUGUGUCCUCAAUAUUGCAGAAGUACAGUAUCCCAACCAGCUGUUGUCGUGAGGGAACGGAUGAAGAACUAUGCAAGAUUGCUGUGAAGACUAGCAUUGGUGCACAGAUAACCAACAUAAUAUACUCUGAGGGGUGUGUCACUAAAUUGCUCGACACAUUGAAAAGCCACAUGAGCAUCGUAGUAGGUGUUGGCAUUGGUAUUGGGGUCAUUGAGUGUCUGGGCCUCAUCUUUUCUCUCAUUCUCUGCUGUGGGAUCCGUAACAUGGACCGGUACAAAGCCUAAUCUUCAAAGGUAGAUCUUUGUUUCCUUCAAAGUCAAGGGUGGUGUACUAAUCAGCAUCAUUUAGUUCACAUUGAAAACAUUAUUUCAAAAGCAGUGUGUUUGCUGAAUAGAUGGUGAGUUUUGAAACCUGUUCUGAUUUCAUGGGCUGGCUGCAUGCCUGACAGUGGCUUUCAGCUGUUCAAUAUUUGCUAUUUGUCGCUUCACUGUACAAAUGCUAUAUUUGAAUGUUGAUAGGAACUACAAUCUUCCAAGAUUGACUGUCCAGACAGACCGCCAUGUGGUAUUGCAAGAAACCUCUUGUGUAUUUCUGGAGUAGUGAUGUGUAACAUAUCAGCAUAAACAGAUUGGCAGGCUGGUUAUGCUGUACUGUCAGGUAAACCAUGCGGUUUGUCUGACUUCACACUCUGAAUCUCCUUGCCAGCAUAGCUGUAAUGUUGUGACAUUACAUGCUAAGAGAAUUUUUUUAGUUGUUUCUCCCUUUUUGGAUAAUUUUUUCUCUAGAAUCUUAUUCAGAAAAUUUGGCCAUGUAAUCAUUUGUUCCCUUCAUAUCAGUGUUAUUAGUGCAUUAAUUCUUACCUGUUCUCUGUUGGAAGCCUUCUGGUACUGUAAUUUACCUGCGCAAGCCCAAUGCUGGAGCCUCCUGCCAACAGUUCGUAAAUUUUGCUGCUACAUCACAAUUAAAUACUGCAUGUCACAACUUUGUUCCUUAUGUCCUGUGAUUUCUCUGAUGGUAAUUCAUGUAUAGGGACAAAAGGCAGUAGGGGUUUUAUAUUUUUCCAUAACAAAGUACCCCCCCCCCCAUUCUUUAUGCCUCUUAUUUUUAAAAGGUAAAAGUAAGGUUAGAGAUGUGAGGAAUGGCAUGGUCUAGAAGUAAAAUAGAAUAAAACCCCUUCAAUUGGAAUGUUUUGUGUACUGAUGUUGGCAGCUUUCAUAAAUGUAUCCCUGAAUUAAACCACCAUUUUGGAUGACAGUGGUACUGUACCAGUGUCAUCGGUAUUGAGUCCGGGAUUUACUUAGUUAUUCACAAAUAUAUUAUACCUUGUUUUUCUCAUACAUCCUUAUGUUGUCACCAUCACAUCAUACUUUUCUGACAGUUUGUGAAGAGAAACCAAUAUUUUCUUGAAUACCAUGUGCCCCUUAAUAAACUAUAUAUUCCUUGUUUUAAGGCACAGUCAAAUGUACAUAAUGCAUAUUGUGUUAAAAUGCAAGUGUGGUCUCCUCUUUUGUACUUUCCAGGAUCAAGCUGCAUUUCCUUCCAACUCCUGCCUCUCAUACCAGUUUCAAUGUAAUGUACAAUAUCUGAUUAUUCUGACUUUCAAUUACUAUUUUCAAUCUUUUACAAGCUGUAUAAGUCUUUGAUUCUCAUGUUCUGAGAACCUUUGCACAGUAACUCUCGACAGCCACUUGACACCCUGCAGCUGCAUGAUAGUACAUAAAAGGGACAGGAAUGUGUCAAAGCUGAAAUGGCACGUGGGGAGAUGAGGAAUGUUGCCAUCAUCAUCACAAAUAAGUUGCAUGCCAUUUUUUGGCCAUUUUUAUUUGUGGAUAUUUGAGAAGAUAACUGUAUUCUUUUCUGUGUUGCUCCACAACUUCAACAUGACCCUCCCUUCCCAUCCUAUCCUCUUACAAACAUUUAAUGAGAUUUAUUGCCUGUGAGAGGGUUAUGUUUAUGCUGCACGUAGCAGUGAGGAGGAACCUUCCCUAAAAUUCUGGAGAAAUACAGAAAAUAAUUUUUACUGUCACAAACUUAGAUCAGUAAGAUGUUGAUGGUGAUGCAGCAUGGUUGAUUUGUGAAGGUACAUUAUGGUAUAGUGUUUACAUCCUAAAUUCUAUGGAUGCACUGGUUAUUAUGCCAGAGACUUGUAACAGAGUGUCAGUUGUUGCCACCAGGUGAAGAUAGCUGAGUAGUGAGCACAUGAAACGGUUUUGCUACUUUCCCUGCACAGCAUUAGAAGAUAUUUGUGGCUUCAAUGUUAACAGAUGUCUGAUAUUUUAUUAUGAUUUCGGUUUUUACAUUAAAUAUAUUUUGACUCUCUUCAUUAUGAUUAUUUACUAUAUAUAUAUAUAUUUUUUUUGUAUGUAUGUGUUAAUGUAACAGGUAACAUGGUUCAUACUUGAAAUAUGAAAGUGUGCAUUCUCCUCUUGUAAAGAUAUUGUAAUCUCAGUCAGAACUUACGUUCUGACAUUAUUUCAGUAAUAACUGAAAUGUGUCUAAACUGAUUGCACCAUCUCGAAGUUUAACUGCACACAAAUUGGCAUCUGUGCGAGUCUUUGAUAUACCAGAGACCUGUAUAGAAAGCAUGUUUCGUCAAAUUAAUGGGCUUCUUUGCCCUCGUCUUUGAAGUGCUCCAUCUUAUUGCAGUGUGGUUGAUUUUUAUAUAACUUUGAAUGAAUCUUGAAAUGUGAUAUAUAAUACCUUAUAGUACUUCUGAAAAUAAUUAGUGUUUGACAGUCUCAGUGUAAAAGGACUGACUUAAAUUUCAGUAAUUCAAUGGUGACUACACCAUCUUAUUGUUCCUUCAUGCAUAGAAUGUACUUUAAAAGAGUAAGAAGGAUGAUGUUCUCUCACUCUCUGGUAUUACCAUUAAUAUUCAGUUCUUCUGUAGCAUUUUGAAUGCCUGAUACACAGUCUCAAAGAAGUCACCUCUGUAGUGAAAAAUUCUUGUUUUGGUGAGGUCAGGAGCAGUGAAACAUGCUGACAAUUUUGCUGAAAUUGAAGCUUUCCAGACAGACAGGCACAAACUUUCUCUGUUUACUGGCACUUCGCCAUUCCAUUUUCACUGCAGUGUGCUGUCAGUCACCCCUAUGCUAUGUGUUCUUAGCUUCGGAUUAGCUGAAGUACCGUCUCAUGCAUCUGAACCAAAGCUUCGAACCUGAUGCAGGUCUCGUAUAUCUGAUCGCUUAGAAUUUAAUGUUUUGUAGGAAGGCUGUAUUUUUUAAUAUAUGUAUUUUAUAAAUAAUCUGUCAUACUGAAAGGUGACAAAGUGUGUUCACAAGAGUAAGAGGUCCAAUUGUUAGCUCAGUAUAUUUAAAAAAAGAGAUAAUAUUUGUAAAGAGAACAUGAGUGCCAAUUUAAUGGAAUUAGAUUUCCCAUGUGUGACUCUUCAUGUGGUUUAUUCGUUGUACAACAAUUUGAUGUACAUGUUACCAUAAUUUUAUGUUUAAACUGAAUAGAAACAAAUGCUGUCUCUUACCUGUAAUAUUAUGUAGCUAUAGUUUGCAGAAUUGGUACUGUGUCAAAAUGGUAAGUCCAGUUUAUUUUUGGAAAGUGUCCUGAUAACACUGAGACAUGGUUUCUAUAUUAUACUGUAAGGAAUUCAGUGUAUUGCUAUAGUGAGUAUAGCCAUGCUUAUAUUUGUAUGAUGUAAGGUACAUGGGUCCUUAUAUUGAUACCAGUCACAGAAGUGACAUCAAGUUUGAGGUACCAUGAAUGAAUGCUCUUUUGCAACAAUACCUGUAUAUUAAGCUGCGAGUUUUGUGUAUUCUGAAUACAUAUAUUCAGUAAUAUAAGCUUUUCAAAAUAAUUAAUCAUAACUACCACAAAGGUACAUUGCACCUGUAUACAGUUAGUGAACUAUUUUCAUUAUCAUCCAGGGACUCCCCAGUAGCCAAAACAGUGCAAGCAUUCAGAUGUCCUCUUGUAGUCAGAUUGUGCCAGUGCUUUAAUGGCAAUUAUAGUUACUUCACAUGACAUUUCCCAGAGGUCCAUAUGGUAGGUUACAUAUUGGUUGUGCUUAUUGAAUUUCUUGUUGAAUAAUGGACAUUAUUUCUAAAAGACACAAAACUUUCAGAUAAGUUUUUUGUUUGAAAAAAGUUACUGUGAACUUGGGGUACAAGUCUAAUGGAAUUUUGAGAAGAUACUGGGCAGCUUAAUUUUGAUGUAAAGAAUGUAAUUUUUUGUUCAAUGUUUUAUAAAAUUUGAUAUUUUAAAUUUCCCUAUAGCAUCAAAGAUACAGAAUUAACAGUUCUGAUAUCAUAAUAGGAUUAGUAAAAGAAAGUUUAGUUGAAUCCAUUUUUGUAAAAUGAUGUUUAUGUAUGUGAAAAUUGUCUGAAUUGUACAUCUUCUGCUUAUCGCUUUAUAGUAAAAUACUUUCUAGAUGCCAGACAAUUUGUGAUUAUUUCUGCACCAAUAGUUGAAGUUUACAUUUGCACCUGAAUUGUGUAAAUAGUUUUUGUAAUGUGUAUACACAGAGAAAAUCAAAAUAAACACAUACUUGGGCUGUAGGACACCCUGCUACAGUAUGUGCUUCACAUUCACACCUAUUCAUUCUUACAAUGUCAAAAAUGGAUAAAGAUUGUCCAGCCUGUAGCAUGUUCCUAAAUUUGGCAAACUGCUUGUAAUUAGAAAACUGCCCAGUGUAUUACUGCAGAAUAAAUUGUAAACUCUGUAUUGUUGCUUAGUUCCUCAAUGGAUUGCCGUCACAGAUUUGUUGUCUCAUUUCAUGUAACAAAGCUCUCCCGUCCCACCAUGUCAGUUUUGUAAUAGCAGAUGGACUUUGUGGUUAUAUUCAGUGGGUUCCCAAUUAAUUUUCCUCCCACAGAAAGAAGUACCAUUAAUGGUGGUGUUGAUGACACUCGUGGCUUCCCACCAUCUGCUCAUCUUUUGUUUUCCUCCAGCUCCAUCUGGCCUAUGUGAGCUAGCCCGAAAUGUGUAUCAUUUGCAAAGGUUAUCACUACUAGCAUCUGCCUGAACAGUGGUUAGACAGUUGGGGGGGGGAAUAUGCUGGAGAUGUGUAGUUGCCUCAGUAUAAAGGGCAUAGCUUUUGUGCCAUUAUAUAAUGCAUAUUUGUUAUUCUUUUUUGCUUUGCUUUAUAUUUCACAUGUCUUAUAUCACUGGAUUGAGACAUGAAACAGCCAAGGAGGAGUUGGUUUGCAAUGACUGAUAAAAUUGUAAGACAGAUUAAUUUGUAUGUGCCAGAAUUCUCCAUGACCUCUUGUUAAAUGCUCAAACAGUUUCUCUACAAACAGUAAUUUGAGUUUCUUGCCAGCCAUGACUGGUAUCAGUAGAGAGGGCUUUGUUUAGGUCUGUUAUUUUGCCUUCAUUAAGUUGUUACAUUCAAAGUAAUUGUCUUGUAAAUGGUGUUAUUUGUCAGCUGGAAGCUGUCUCAAUAAGAUUUCCUUGUACUUGUCACCAUGAAUGUUCAGUUUACCCAACAGUAACAUUUAUGUUGUUUGUAUGAGAAUUACACAAAAGCACAACAAUAAUGCUGGCUUGUGUGUUACACACUUUGCAUUUUAGUAAAUUAAAUAUAAGAAAAGUUUUCUUUGUACUUCUCAGUGGAAAAUUUCAUGAAUAGUUACAACAUUGAAAAUUAUGUUUCUUUCUAGGAAAAUUGAAUAUUAAUGAUGACAAGUUUUCUUAGCAUUACUGUACACAAAGAUUUACAAAUGCAUGUGACAUAACCUGAGAGAGUAACAAAUUGAAUUGAAUUUAAUAUUAUUUUUGAAGGUUCACAUUGUCAGGGAGUGUAGUGGUGAAAUACAUGUAGCAAGAAAGUGCAUUUCCACCUUUGCAGACAUGAUUUUGCUAGCUUUGAUGUAUUAGCACAUUACACAGAUUUGUCCUUAGAUCACUACAUAAGGCCUCAAAAGACUUUGUGUGACACAAUACAAACAUAAUAUUCUUUCAGGCACGUUGGUGUCUGGCAACAUUACAUAUUCCAGAGGCUGGUUAAUUAACAGCUGGAUACCUUGUCAUUCUUGUGUGCUCUAUACCAAAAGUUAAGUGUAUAUAUUCAUUAUUGUUGGUGUGACAGAGAUCUGAAAGUGCUUGUUUGCGUAUGCUUAAAAUUUUUUUGUGAUAUAAUUGUAAAUUAAUUUUUGAAAGUCAUCUAACAUUUUUCUUCAUCUUUAUUGUUAGUCACAAUAGUGAUUAUUCCAGAUUCAUGUAUGCAUCCCCACUGCAGAAAUGUAUUUCAGAAUUACUGCACUCCUGGUAUUGAAUUUACAAACGUACAAAGUAAUAGUCCACUUUUGUCAAAGAAUUGUGACAAGGAUUUCGCUUCCAAGUUUGUUGGCUGGACAUGUUCAAUAUUGUACAUAAUCACCAUUGCUAAUUUGGUCAUUCUAUGUAAGGAAAGAAUUAAAAAUACAAUAUUAAAAUGAAUUGAUGUACAUAACUCAA